GACGGGAUGCUUCGGCGGAGCCAGGCAUGGAAAACAGUCCUACUGCACUUCUGCUCAACAUGCGCGACGACGUUUUUGUCUCGAAUUAUACGAAUAUGGCGUUGAAAAGACCGGUAUUUUUCAGCUCGCCAGCUUUUCGUAUGGAAUUUUUGAAGAGUUUUUCUUGUGGACAAGGGUGAUAGCAGAAACAAUGAAUUAGAGUAUCAGCUCCGAUUUUCGCCUCCUUUCUUUCUUCAAUCCUAAUUCAAGAAAUCGGCUUCUGACCUUCAGGAGUCGAAGGAGCAGACCGACGAGGAGCCUAUGAUGAUUCGCACGCUCUUCGAUCGAGAGAUCACUGCGGCAAGAUCAAGGGGACCAGCGGCAAUCCGAGUGGUCAAUCGCAGUGUGCAAUGUGGUAUCAUUUCUGUGGACUACACAGACCAACUAGAAGAGCGUCUUCGCGCUGAAAUGAGCCAAAAUGUGAAGAAGAAGACCUGCACUGUCGGCACGCAAGCAUUCUUUUAUGGCUGAUAAUUGCUGGUACAACUUGUUGUUUAUCGUUAUGAAACGAGCUGCAGCUCGUGCUUGUAGUAGUUCUUCUUCUUUUAAGAGAGGUUACUUAGUUAGUUUGUUGAUCGAGUCAUUCUCUAAGUUUCUGCUGCGCCAGCCCCACCGCCGCCAGUAGCCACUAAAGACGUCUCUACCUUGGUGGAGGACCGAUGGUUUUUCGAGGAUUCAAUGGGAGUGCAAACCGAUACGGUCCAAAUGAAGAAUGAAAUCACGCAAACUACGAAGGCCCACGUCUGGGACGUAGGAUGUCAAACAACGGCGCCAACUGAGCAGGGCCUGGAGAAGAAAUACGACGAUCUCUUCGAAAAGUUCAAG